GAACACUACGAAGGGAUAUGAAAAUAAUAACAAGAAUAAAACAGAUGAUGCUAUCAAAGAAUCGAAGGAUUAUGAAAAUAAUAACAAGAAUAAAACAGAUGAUGCUAUCAAAGAAUCGAAGGAAUAUGAAAAUAAUAACAAGAAUAAAUCAGAUGAUACUAUAAAAGAAUUGAAGGAAUAUGAAAAUAAUAACAAGAAAAAACCAAAUGAUGUUAUUGAAGAAUUGCUACCUAGUGAAGCUACAACUAAUAUUAGAUUGGGACGUAAAAUUUGA